AUGGGUUCGUCUGCGAUCGGCACGAUGGGGACCGUGGUCGUUGGCGUCACGCUGUUAGCUUUCGUCACCGUCGCUCACGCUGCUCUAGGUAAGUACAUCCGUACAUUUUAUCCUCUAGAAUAUAACGAGAUGUUUUAGAACCACCUGUAAACAUGUAAUUCCAGUUACGCUGUUCUUUGCAACGUUUUCAAAGGAAUCGCAUUCACGUUUCAGCUAGGACAGCGUUCGAGAAGCUGACAGACUACGAUUACCGCGGAACGACGUACUACAGUGUAAGGAACCUGUCUUUAUACGAGUGUCAGGGUUGGUGCCGCGAAGAGGCCGAGUGUCAGGCGGCGGCGUUCUCGUUCGUCGUAAAUCCUUUGGCGCCGAUGCAAGACACCCUGUGCCAGCUGCAGAACGAGACAGCGGCAACGAAUCCAGCGGCACAGCCGCAGAGAGCCGCGAACAUGUACUACAUGACGAAGCUGCAGAUCAGAUCAGAAGCUACCAAACUUCUAGACCUGUAGACAAAAGCCGCAUUCUCUAUGAAACGCAGGCAGUCGGAUUUUCACUGAAGGACAGAAAGAAAUACGAUUUGCCAAAGAGGGUAGUCCGGAUGGCAGUAAACAAUGAAAAGUCUACUGGUAUUUUUCAGGCGAUGUGAAAAAUGCUUUAAGUACGGUCGCUGCUGUAAACAGGUUAGAACCUUCGUCGAAGGUGUCGAAAACAUCCUAA